GAACCUUUCAACCAAUAAGAGAGGAAAAUUAUUAUUAUAUUCACGGCUCACACGAUUUAACCAGCUCCAGUACAAACAUUACUGUAGAGUGUGUUGCAACCGUUGCAACGAACUAUCAUAACUAAGCUUGACAUACACGAUAAGGGAUCCAAAAUUUCUACUGAUGGCUCUUAAAGGUUUAAAAGUUCUUGAAUUCGUUGGCUUGGCGCCAGGACCGUACUGUGGAAUGUUGUUAGCUGACUUUGGUGCCACAGUGACUAGGAUUGAUAAGACUCCUACCAACGUACUUGAUGUACUUCAUCAUGGUAAAAGGUCCAUGGCCAUUGAUUUGAAAAAACCUCAAGCUAUCGAAAUUGUCCGUUCACUAUGCCGAAAAAGUGAUGUGUUAAUUGAACCAUUUCGUCCAGGAGUGAUGGAAAAGCUUGGACUUGGACCAACUGAAAUUAUGCUAGAAAAUCCCAGAUUAAUCUAUGCUCGUUUGACUGGUUUUGGACAAAAUGGUCAACUGGCACUUCGUGCUGGCCAUGAUAUCAAUUACUUAGCAAUUUCAGGUGUUCUUUCGUUGCUGGGAAGAAAAACGGAGCGACCAACAGCACCUAUCAAUUUGAUUGCAGACUUUGCUGGAGGAGGGCUACUUUGUGCAUUUGGAAUUUUAGCUGCUCUUUUGGAGAGGCAUCAUUCUGGAAAAGGACAAAUUGUAGAUCAUUCAAUGGUUGAAGGAGCAGCAUAUAUAGCCAGUUGGUUAUUCCGUUCGCAGAAACUUCCCAUUUGGGGUAAACCACGAGGUGAAAAUUUAUUGGACACAGGAGCUCAUUUCUACGAUACUUAUGAAACCAAAGAUGGAAAAUAUAUGUCAGUUGGAGCCAUAGAGCCUCAAUUCUAUAAAGAACUAUUAAAUGGUUUAGAUUUAAAAAUGGAUUUGUCACAAUUUGAAGAUUCAGAAAAGGCUAAACACCUACUCGAAAAAGUUUUCCGUACAAAAACCAGAAAUGAAUGGACCCAAAUUUUUCAACAUCGAGAUGCUUGUGUCUUUCCAGUUCUUGAUAUGGACGAAGCCCAACAACAUCCCCAUAACCUCGAGCGACAUGCUUUUUUGAGUGAUAAAGCAACGAAGGAUACCGAGUGGAUACCAUCACCCGCUCCUAAACUAAGUAGAACACCUGCUCAAUCAGGAGCUACAUGUGAAGAAAGGAAUGAGAUUCAAAACAUUAGGGAAAUUUUUGUGGAAAACGAGCUACAAUUAAGUGAUAUUGAGGAACUAUAUCAUAACAAAAUAUUAUUAAUGGCAACCAAACCAAAACUAUAAUAACCAGUGGGAUUUUGUUGGUGAAUUGUUAAAUAAGUUUUCUUGUUUGGCUUGCCUAGUGCAUUUACUAGUAAUAUUUUUCGCGGUUUAUUGGAUUACACUUGGAAGCAUAUGAUUUAGGGCCAAAUUUUGUGAUAAAUUUAUUUUAUUAUUUAUAUUUUAUUGGAUGUUAUCUGGAUAUAUGGAUGCGCAUUGAAAUAAUUUCACUGAACCAUU